AUGUCCCGAUUUUUAUCUCUUUUUGCUAAACCAUUUCCCAUCAUUGGAAUGGUUCACGUGAAGGCAUUACCAGGAACUCCCCUGUACAAAGGAAACAUGGACAGCAUUAUCAGUGCAGCGCGUGCCGAAGCUACCAUUUAUCGGGAAUGCGGUGUGGAUGGACUGUUGGUUGAAAACAUGCAUGACAUUCCGUACAUUCGGCCGGCCGAUGGUAUCGGUCCGGAAAUUACGGCUGCAAUGAGCCGAGUAGCGCUGGCAGUACGUGAAACGGUACCGGAUACGCCGUGCGGGGUACAAAUUCUUGCCGGCUGCAAUCGCGAAGCACUGGCCGUGGCAAAAGUGUGCCAGAUGCAGUUUGUCCGCGCAGAAGGGUUCGUUUUCGGUCACAUGGCCGACGAAGGUUUUACGGAUGCAUGUGCCGGGUCUUUGCUGCGAUACCGUAAACAGAUCGAUGCGGAUGAUGUCCUCGUGAUAACUGACAUCAAGAAAAAGCAUAGUUCACAUGCCAUUACGGGUGAUGUAUCGAUCGCGGAAACGGCACAUGCGGCUGAGUUCUUUCUGUCCGAUGGCAUAAUCGUAACCGGAAGCUCCACUGGUUCUAGUGCCGAACGGAGCGAUUUGGAAGCUCUACAAGGGAAUACCACUUUGCCACUCAUCAUUGGUUCGGGCCUAACGCUUGAUAAUUUGCCCAAUUAUUGGACACUAACACACGCAGCAAUCGUUGGUUCCCAUUUCAAGGUAAAGGGGCAUUGGAGUGCCGAGCUGUGCCGGUCGCGUGUACAAUCUUUCAUGAAAGCUAUAGAAACGCUGCGUUGUCAACAACCGAGCUAA